AUGGUGCGAAAGCCUCCUUUUCGCUUUUCCUGCAGGAUGGCAUUCUUCAAAUAUCUCCGCUCCGUUAAGAAUGAGCUCAUCCUCUUCUCAGCGCCGUUCCUUCUUCUUCCACUGCCUUUAGUGAUCGGCACAUCGGAAGCCAAAUGUGCCUAUGUGAUAAUCCUGAUGGCGGUGUACUGGUGCACAGAAGUCCUACCGCUGGCCGUGACAGCUCUGCUUCCGGCCAUCCUUUUCCCGGCGUUCGGCAUCAUGCAAUCCAAAAAUGUGUGCAUGCAGUACCUGAAAGACACCAACAUGUUGUUCGUGGGGGGACUGUUGGUCGCGGUAGCUGUGGAGCACUGGAAUCUGCACAAGCGCAUCGCCUUGAGGGUGCUGCUCCUCGUCGGUGUGCGGCCAGCGCUGUUGAUGUUGGGUUUCAUGGGUGUGACAGCCUUCCUGUCCAUGUGGAUCAGUAACACAGCGACCACAGCCAUGAUGGUGCCCAUUGUCCAAGCAGUGCUGCAGCAGCUCAACACCAGUGAGGAAGAGAUACCUCAGAUCCUCAGCUCCCAGGAGCAGGUCCAGACCCCGGAGGGUGGCAGUACACAGCCUCCACAGACGGAGAAACAGAGUGAGGGCCGAGGCCCACUGGUGGUGACUUUCUUGGAUGAGACAGUUGAGGCUUCUAUGCAAAAAGAGGCAGCAGAAAAGCGGAAAAUGUGUAAAGGGAUGACCCUGUGUAUUUGUUACGCUGCCAGCAUCGGAGGCACCGCCACACUGACAGGAACGGGUCCCAAUCUGGUGCUCAUGGGCCAGAUGAACCAGCUGUUUCCUGAAAACGGGGAUGUGAUUAACUUUGCCUCCUGGUUUGGCUUUGCCUUCCCUAACAUGAUCCUCAUGCUCACACUGGCCUGGCUCUGGCUGCAGUUUGUCUUCAUGGGAUUCAACUUUAAGAAGACGUGGGGCUGUGGGGCGGUGAAGACAGAGAAGGACAUCGCUGCCUAUAAUGUGAUCCGCGAAGAGCACCGCCGGCUGGGGCCCAUGUCCUUCGGAGAGAUCAGCGUCCUCGGUGUCUUCGUUCUACUGGUGGUGAUGUGGUUCACAAGGGAGCCGGGCUUCGUCGACGGCUGGGCGUCACAUAUCUUCAACUCCAAAGCAGAGUAUGUGACAGAUGCCACAGUGGCAAUCUUCAUUGCCGUCCUUCUCUUCAUCCUGCCCUCUAAACCACCACGAUUCUGUUCGUGGAGGACUCACAGUUUUGACACAGUAUCCCAUCAAACUGUUGGCCCAACUCCACCUCUGCUCACCUGGAAAGUUGCACAAAAGAAGCUACCGUGGGGCAUCGUGCUUCUUCUGGGCGGAGGUUUUGCUCUGGCCAAGGGCAGUGAAGAAUCAGGACUCUCAAAGUGGAUCGGAGAUCAAAUGACUCCCUUGCAAAGCAUCCCUCCCUGGGCAAUUGCUAUCAUCUUAUGCCUGCUGAUUGCUACCUUCACUGAGUGCACCAGUAAUGUGGCCACUGCUACGCUCUUCCUACCUGUCUUAGCCUCAAUGUCUCAGUCUAUCGGAAUCAACCCCCUGUACGUCAUGGUGCCUUGUACCCUGAGUGCCUCUUUUGCCUUCAUGCUGCCUGUUGCCACACCUCCGAACGCUAUAGUCUUCUCUUAUGGAUACCUCAAGGUGGCUGACAUGGCGAGGACAGGAAUAGUCAUGAACAUCAUCGGCAUCCUUUGUAUCACACUGGCCAUCAAUAGCUGGGGAAAGGCCAUGUUUGACCUGGAAUCCUUCCCUGCCUGGGCCAACGUCACCGGGGUGUGAGCCACAGGAGUGGAUCCACGCACAGCUUGCCCUCCUCAUCCACAGGUGCCAGACAAAGACCUGUCUGGUCAGAGCGACAGCACAGGAGCACACAGUGUGUGCGUCCGAUUGCUGAUGAAAUACCUCAAGGCUUGUGUUUUUUUACACUCGAGACUUGCUUGUGAAAGAAAGUGGAAAGAGGAUAUAUAUGAAUAUGAACAUUAUAUCAUAAUGACGUUAGUUAUACUCAUAAAACAGUGCCCCAGAAAUCACACUGUCAGUAUUUAUACCCUCAAAUGGUGAAAUAAGGGACGGCUAUGCAUAAGGCAAGGGAAGUUUAAAUGCAUAGUCAGCAACAAGGCAAUUUGAAGCGCUUCAGAUAAAUCGUUAACAUUCAGCAUUGAGACAAAACGCAAAAUAAUGACCUUUAUGUAAGACAAAAAAUAAUGAAAACAAAUAUUAAAUAGACAAGAUAUAAUAUGCAUAAGAUAUAAUAUGGAAAAUAAAGUAUUAAGUCUACUAUAUUCUUAUUUUUCAUAUAGUGGAGGUUUUUCAAAUUUGUUUUUAUAUUAACAUGUAGUGACAUCUACAUAGCAAUUAGUCAUUUGUAUAAGUAUAAGAAGGUAUCUUUGCACAUUUACUCAAGUCAUGCACAACAUCGAGGAAGUUGUACUUAAGGAUUUACAUUUUGUGCCGUUUCUGCUUUUACUUCAAUACAAUAAUGAGGAAAAUGUUUUCCUUUUUGCGGCGCAUUUAUUCGACAACAGUUUUCUUAUGAAUCUAUUAUGUUAUAUUAUAUAGAGAUAAGAGAUUAAAAUACAUAUGAAAUAGCCCCAUCUCAACCAGACACAUUUUAUUUGUUAAUAUAUUAGUAUAGUUCAAUGACAUUAAUAUAACACUGACAAGGGCAAUUAAGCAACUUAAUCAGUACUUUUAGCAUUUUAUACAUUUUUGUAUUAAAAAUUUGUCCUUUCACUGAAAUAAAAAAACAAAAUUGAA